AUGGUGGACAUCAAAUUUCACGAUGACAGUUGUGCCAUCUUUGUCCAUGCCGGAGCAGGCCACCACAGCAUCGAGAACCAACACAAGCAUCUAGAUGCUUGUUCCAAGGCAGCCAGAGCCGGCAUGGCCUUUCUGAAGAAUGGCUCGUCGUCGGUUGAUGCUACCGAGGUGGCCCUUAUGAUUCUCGAGGAUGCGCCCAUCACCAAUGCUGGAUACGGCAGCAAUCUGAACGAGAAAGGGGUAGUAGAAGGGGAUGCGACAAUUGUUGACCAUCGAGGCCGCAGCGGUGCCGCUGGAGCUGUGCCCAAUGUCAAGAAUCCAAUAAUGCUGGCGCGGAGGAUCUAUGACCACUCAAACGUUUCCCUGAGCUUGCAGCAGGUGCCACCCAACUUCCUAGUCGGCCAAGGGGCCAAAGAUUUCGCCUGGAAUCAUGGAGUUGUGGUUGUACCCGACGGUGCCAUGAUUUCUCCCACUUCCAUGGGACGAUGGAAAAUCUGGACCCAGGAAAUUGCACGCUGGGAACGCGAACAUCCGAAUAUAGACAAGGGGGAGACAGAUCCUUGGAUUCGCCGACCCCUGACUCCCCUGUCUACUCGCCUCGAGCGUGCCGGCCUUCCCGGAUUCCCGUGUGACUUCCAGAUCGAACCGGAGAGCGAGCUCCUGAACAAGGAGACCAAGAUCGCUUCCAAUGAAGUGGAUAGUGAUAGCUCCAGUUCCAGCCGUAUGAAAGACGGGAAGUCUCUGGACGGUGAUCUGCCAAAGCGACAGUCGGCAUCCCGAGAGAAGGUGCAGCAUUCCGAGGAUACCUCGGCCAACCCAAUGCAAUCUGCGAAGCCCACCCCCGAGUCGAGACAUACAAGUAACACUCAGCCUCCCAGUGACGAAGUCGACAUGGUCACCGACACUGUUGGAGUAAUUGCCAUUGACCAGUACGGAAACAUUGCGGCUGGAUCUUCCUCUGGUGGCAUUGGAAUGAAACCCGCGGGCCGAGUUGGACCUGCUGCACUCCUGGGCAUUGGCACAUAUGUCAUUCCAGUAGACCCGUAUGAUCCCGAGCAAACUUCCGUGGCCGUUGUUACUUCUGGGACUGGCGAGCACAUUGCCACGACUUUGGCGGCCAGCACCUGCGCAAACCGGAUUUACUACAGCCAACGCAAGGCCGAAGGCUGCAAGUUUGACCGCACUACCGAAGAGGAAGCGAUUACUUCGAUGAUCAAGAAUGAAUUCUUGGAUCACCCGACCGUGGGCGACAGCAACAUCUUCGGGGCCAUCGGGAUUAUGGCUGUCAAGAAGACUGAGGACUCAAUUGCCUUUUACUUUGCGCACAACACUGACUCGUUCGCGAUCGCGUCUAUGUCCAUGAAGGACUCCAAGCCUGCUUGCGUGAUGUCCCGGACCAAGCGGCGCGGCAUUAUUGCCCAGGGCGGUUCUAUGAUUCGGUUGAAGUAG